GUUUCCUACUUUAGACGAAUCAGCCGCAUUUCUUGGUAAUGCACGCCAGCGGAGAUAUGGGUAAUCCAGACCUCGUUCUGGCUCAACGCCAUAUACGCCUCCCAUCAAGGAUCGUUAAUGCCACCUCCCGCCCUUGUGAAAAGAGAAAUCGCAUUUAAAGAUGUGGUUCGCCUCCCUAGAUGCGAGAUUUUCUUCUUGCUCACUUGGUACACUCCCUCGUAACGUCGUGAUAUAUCGGCUUUUUUGUGCGUUGCACAGCAUGCAUUUCGCAAGCGCGUUUACUGCUGGAGUCGCCCUGCUAUCCUUCACUUCCAGCUCUCUUGCCUUUGUCGUUAAAUCAACACGUGCCGACGUGACUGCCGAGCCCUUGCCGCCGACCAUCACCGCAGCUCCGAAAUCCUCCUCUGAUCUCCAGGUGCAAUCCCGAGACGUGCCCAAACGUCGAAAGUACACGAGAAAGCCUUCGAGGAAGGUGAAAUGGCCCACUAAACAUGCCAAGGGCUGCACCACCACCGAACUCCUCAGAAAUGGUGAUUUCGAUAAGAACGCCAGGGGCUGGACGUCGUAUUCUGGUGCUUCGGGCCUGGCGACACUGUUCUGGGUUGCGCACUCCAAGAGGCGACCUGCACAUUCUGGUGCUGGGCAGGCUUAUAUCUUCAUGAAUCGCGGACCAGCUAUCAUUGAUUUUGACACCAGACUCCCCGCAGUAGAGUACGGCAAUGCCAUCACCAUCUCGAUGUGGAUGCGCUACGAAGAGCCGGCGGAUGUUGGCAGCUGCUACGGUUUUUGGUCUGUUCGAGGAUUCGAUGGUGGCCUUGAGGUGACCUUGAAGCCCAAGUGGACAAAGUACAGUUUUGAGGUUCCGGGGUUUGGCCGGGCACAGGUACUUCACUUUGUCUUACAGUGCGACUUUUUGGAGACGCCAGUCUCAAUUUAUAUGGACGACGUCAGUGCCAAAGCCUGUGUUCCAAAAAACCCUGACCCCGAGUGUCAAGUCCUCCAGCGAUCUGACAAUCUCAUUGUCAAUCCGGGAUUCGAGUGUCCGGACGGCAUAACAGCAUGGCUAACGCAGUCCUUCUCAGGGGGGACGGAUGCCCUGGUGCAAUACGGGCCACAGAAGAAAAAUCAACCUCAUUCUGGAAAGGGCAUGGGUGCUUUCAUUUUCGACAGUAGUCAGCCCGCUGCAUUCACUGGAAUGCACAUGGUCCAAAUCGAUAUUCCAGGAGACAUGACCAGACGCUUCAUGAAGGCAUCAUUCUGGUUGUCUGUCGAUGCCACCGCCAAGAACGUCAUCGGUUGCGAGUUGUUUAUGGCUACCAGAACUGGCUAUUAUCUUUACGCUGUUGAUCUUAGCGGCUUGACCACCAAGUGGACAAAGUUUGAGGUCAAAGACAUUGAGCCCGAUUCCCUUGACGAUUUUAGAAUUGAAAUUGCCGGGUGCAGAGCAGAUACCUACCCGAUUAUCUACAUAGAUGACAUAUACUUCGGAGUCGACCGAUCUUCCCCCCCGGCAACAACUACCGUCGUGACCGAGCCAACCGCGACUCCAACUUCUGGGCCAUGCACCGGCUUUCCAUCCGUCCCAGAUCCUUCGAUGGAACUCAAUGACAACAUGAACAACUGGGUCCAGAGCAAUGGUGAUGUUAUGAUAUAUCCCGAUACCGAAUCUACAUACGGUCCUCCGCAUGAUGGUGACGCGGUGGCAGUAGUCCAGUUACCACCUUACCAGAGCGUCUCCUUGAGUCAGUAUACCUCGGGGUUCUGCGCCGACCAAGCCUACACGGCUAGCGUGUGGCUCUAUAUUCCAGAAGGUUACGACCAUACCCUAUGCCAGUUCCGCCUCGGGAUCACUGGCGCCAGCGAUCUCUUCAGCGUCUCUCGCGCCGGUAACUGGGAGAAGAUGGAGCUCAUCUUCCUGGUCGACGAGUCCGACACCACCAAUCCUUUCCUAGACAUCCACAUCAGCGCCUUCUGCGAUAACCCCAGCGAGAUGAUCGUGCUAAUCGAUAAUUUUCAAUACGGUCCCGCCCCAGUCUGCGGCGUCACGCCCUCCAUCCCGGAGGGUGGGUUCGAAAGCGGCAAUACCGCUAUCUGGAAUGCGGGCUUCUUCCAGGGCGACGAAUCCUUCGCCAUCACAUCCGCCAAGCCACGUACGGGCAACAAAAGCGCCGUCCUGACCCUGCCCAAGAUCAACAACGGCGUGAGCUUUAUGAACAAUUUUUCCGCCUGCGUUGGCACAAAGUACACCUUCCGCGUGUGGUACUUCAUCCCCAAGGCCUACAAGGGAAUCCAGUGCACCUUCAACACAUACGCCUACUUCACGGGCGAGAACAAUCAGGACAUCGUGAACGCGUACGAUGUGUGGACUGAGUCAAAGCUGGAUUUCGUGGCGGGCGGCCCAGACAUGACAAUUGUGUGGAGCGUGGUGUGUGGUAACCAGCUGCAGAAAGUAGUGAUUUACCUGGACGAUGUUUCCGUAAGCAAUCGAUAGCGAGAGAGAGUGUCUCUUGUAUGUGGCCACGUUUGCAGAUAACCUUCAUAAACAGAGAUACGCGAGUUUAGUAAUAGCGCAUGUACAUACUUUUACUUAUUUAAAUAUACAUAUAUGUAUCUCACAACCAGAAAACAGUCGCAACAUAAAAGAAAACAGGAAAAACAGCUCUUUUAUAGAACGUAUAGUAGUGAGACACUCUCCAUGUACACCGACUUAGAGUAAAGAGUCUCGGUACCUAGUAACUCUGAAACUGCGCUGUCGCUGCUUCUCUUUCUGGAGGCGACGAACAGCUUUCUGGGACUUCUCUUCCUCAUCAGAAGCCAAGGUUGCUAUACAAGGCUCGACAGCCUGCUAUUGACGCUUUUUUCUUGCGGAGUUACAUAAUAACACUAAAUAGAAGAGCUUCGUGAAUUUUCCCAAGGGCUUCCAAGGGGGCUGAAAAUACAAGAUCAAUAACAAGCGAGGACGGGUUUAGCAGCUACUUGCCUAGCUGGAGGCUGGAACGACUCGACACAUUUGGAGUGAUCAGCAACGGGCUUGCGGGUGUUUCCUAGCUGUCCCGCCCGGCCCGGCGUCGUGUAUAUCUGGGCACGCCUCUGCUCUGCCCCACCACCACAUGCGUUUGCAUUCCUUUUACAGCCGAAUUUAAUCUUGACCGAAAGCGAACAAUCAGGCAUCUUGCGUGCAACCUGAUCUUAAUAAUGAGAGAGUGUGUUCAAGCUUAGGUAACUCGGGGUGCAGGCGCCUGCACCGUGCUGUCAGGUGUCAUCAGACAGGAGUGACCCGAUCACAUGCUAAAAUGGGAAGUAAACAAAGGGGCGCAAAGGGGCACCGCCAGGUUGGUGGUGUGUGGCUGGAGCUUGGAAGUGAGGAGAGGAGAGGGGAG